CUGGGCUUUUCUUGGAGACUACGGACGACUGGGGAUGUUUUCAAACCAGCAAUAAACUGGAAAGAAACGUCACACAGCCGUAGGCUACGGUUAACGUUUAAUAUUUAGGAAAUAUAGAUUUAUAUAGCGUAAUACACGUUUAUGUUUUAAACCGAAUGAAUAAGCGGAACGAAACACAGCAUUGGAAAGGUGCAUGAUGAACCCACUGCAGCAGCUCUGCCUCAGCUAGUCACGCGCCGCACCAUGGCCAAACCUGGGAGCGACCGCGAUGGAGCCAUGGUGGACAAACAGGCGGGGAAGAAGAGCAAAGAUAAGAUAUCCCCCUUCACCAAGACUCCGAAGCUGGAUCGGAGCGAAGUUCUGGGGAAGGAGGGCAAACCCAAGUCUUCCAUGAAGCGCAAGCUCUCCUUCACUGCCAGUCCGCCCCGAGCGGAGGAGCGAGACUCCGACACCGAUGACUCAGACCCAGGCCAGUCGAGUGAGACCUGGGGAGAGAGAUUAGUGCCUCCCUGCAGGAUAUACGCAGAUAAAGAUGGGCCUGACAAGAAGAAGGUGAAGAAGGAGUCUGGAAGUAAGAAGUCGUCAGCUUCCGCCAACUUAUUGUUUGGCUACCCUCUGUCAGAGCGCAAGCAGAUGGCCCUCCUGAUGCAAAUGACUGCGAGAGACAACAGCCCAGACUCCACUCCGAGUCACCCCUCCCAGACCCCCCCAGUGCAGAAGAAGGCCCCCAGCAGCACCACGUCCAGACAGAAGGACAAGGUCAACAAGAGGAACGAGCGCGGGGAGACGCCCCUGCACAUGGCUGCCAUCCGCGGCGACGCCAAGCAGGUCAAAGAGCUCAUUAGCCUGGGCGCAGAUGUCAACGUCAAGGACUUCGCAGGCUGGACUCCCCUUCAUGAAGCGUGUAACCUUGGUUACUAUGAUGUGGCAAAGGUUCUUCUUGCGGCAGGCGCGGAGGUCAACACCCAGGGUCUGGAUGAUGACACACCCCUCCAUGAUGCCUCUAGCAGCGGACACAAAAAUAUCUUGAAGCUGCUGCUCCGCCACGGGGGCAAUGCGUUCCAGGCCAACAAGCGUGGGGAGCGGCCGGUGGACGUGGCAGACUCCCUGGAGCUGGAGCAGCUGCUGAAGGGAGAGGUCCCCCUGUCCGACUCGGAGGACAGCUCCUCAGGUAAGCAGGAAACAAGAAGGGCUCUGGACCUGUCCUGCUUCAUCUCUUCAUCUCUUCCACAGAAAAAAGAGUCUGAGGAUCCUCCCUCUGUAAACCCCUCCAGUGUGGAUGACGACAUCAUGGAGGACUCUGACGCCGAUAAAGACUCCGAUGACAAACAGACCACCGUCAAGGCCUCGUCUUCCAUGUCAGGGCUGGAUGAGUACGAGUUCAAGGACGAGGAAGAGGAGGAGGACCUGAGCAAGGCCCUCAAUGACCGGCACAUCCUGAGGAGGGAGCUGCGGCAGAGGGAAAAGGAGAAGGAGAGGAACCAUUUCACGGCCAAGCAGAGCAGCAAAGGCGACGCUUCUGGUCAGUCCAGCAAGUCCAAGAAGCAGAGGACGCAGCGCGUGCUGUGCUGCAGCUCGGACAGCUCUAGUGAUGAGAUGGAGAACCCUUCAGAGAGGAGGAGCUCCCCUGCCUGCUCCCAAAGCUCCGACGCCAGGAGUAAAAAGGACAACCUAAGCCUUCCAGCUGAACAGAGAGACAAGGGCAAAAUGAAGAGGAAGAGUAAAAGCCUCAGCAAAAAUAAGGAAAAUCAAGAGGAUGGCAAAGAGAACAGCAAAGCCCUUGUGUUCUCCGUCGCCACGGUGACAGAAAGCACAGACAAGAGCCGGGACGAAGACUCCUUCAAGAUGUCCUUCAGCCCCAAGGAUGAUUCCUCCGUUCAUCUCUUCCAUCUGUCAUCGGUGAAAUCUCCCAAAGUGAACCACAGCCUGAUCGACAAACAGUCCACGCCUCUCAAACAGGAAAAUGCUAAAAUGUGUCUCGCCAUUGGGGAAGGCCCCUGUCAAGUGGACGCCGUCAAAUAUAACCACUACACGGAGCAGGACUACUGCACGGAAAGCACCAGCAGUAAAGGAUGCAAACACAAGGAGAAGAGCAAGCAUCAUCAGAAAGACUUGAAUGUGGACGGGGAAGAUGGAGGCUCCAGUCCAUAUAAAGAAGUCGGCAUGAGCAACAGCGUAGACAGCGGCGACGGUGCCUUACGGAAGACCGACAAAGACGGCAAAGUGGUCAAAAAGCAUAAAAUCAAAUACAAGGAGAAGGACAAGCAUAGGAGGGAAUAUGAGGCCGAAAGGAGUCGCCACAGACAGAAAGAGGGCAGGAAGGACGGCCACAGGAAUCUGGAGUUUGACAGGGAGUUUUGGAAAGAGAACUUUUUCAAAAGCGACGAGAACGAUGAACCUCUGCCAGUGAAAAAGGAGCCGGACGGUGGCGGCUCUCCUCAGAAGACCUUGGACGCCUCUCCUGUUAAGGAAGAGCGGGGGCCGAAAGACAAGCACUCCGGUGGCGGCAAGGACAAGAGGCCGAGGGAGGAAAAAGACAAAGCUCUGAAAAAAGAGCGAAAGGAAUUCGCCGGUAAAGAGGAGAGGGGAAAGGACGCGAGGCAGAGCGAGCGUGACGAGAGGCCGGACUGCCACGGCUCAGGGCGGAUUCCUGAGGAGUCGCUGCAUAACACGAGUAUGAAAGAGGAGCCGGAAGACAAACCCAUAACUGGGAUCACAGCUGAUCAAGACCAGCUGGAAUCCUCAGAAAAAGGCUCACGUGAGAAAUAUGACAAAAGGCUCCCUGUAAAGGAAAAGGAAGCUGAGAAGUUUGAGAAAAGGCAUCCUGACAAGGAGAAGAAGGUCAAAGUCGAGCACUCUGAAAAAUCGGAACCACAAAAUGUAAUGGAUCGCCUGAAGGAAAAGGAGAGAAUUGCAGGCAGCUUGUCCCACUUACCUGGAGAUAAAAAUCAUAGGGAAAGUGAAAAGCUUAGGUCUAUUCCAAAGAAGCACGACGAAAGCAAGAAAAUAAAGGACAAGGAUAGAAAGAGUGACAGGGAGAGGCAAGAGAGAGAGUACAGUGCGGGGGAACACAGAGAAAAAGACCGGACGAGCUCGGACAAGAGGGGAAAACCUCCAGAGAAGACAAUAGAUCACAUCAAAUCUGACCGUUCCAAAGAAAAAGAGUGUGAGAAAAAGAGGAAAGACAAAAUGAAGGAAAGCUCUUCAUCCUCAAGCUCCAACUUGAAGUUGCUCCUGGAGGAGAAAAAGGGAUACGUGUCUGAGAGUGGCAGGUCUGUUUCAACGAAAACCAAGGAGGAGGUUAUAAGAACUCCAGAGAAAGAACGGGACCGAAGAGAUCGGGACCGGGAGAAAGACUCUGAAAGACACCGAGAUCGGGACAAAGAGAGACACAGAGAUCGUUCUCAGCCAGGGAAGGUUAGCAAGAGCAAACCCAACGAGGCCGAGGGAGACAGGGCCAAGUCCAAAUCCUCCCCCGCAACCAGGGACUCCCGGCCAAAAGAAAAGAGGCUCGUCAACGACGAUCUGAUGCAGACCAGCUUUGAGCGCAUGCUCAGCCUCAAGGACCAGGAGAUCGAGCAGUGGCACCGGAAGCACCUUGAGAAGAUCAAGCAGAAGGAGCGCGAGAGGAUGAAGCAACGUCCCUCGACGACGGAUCCAGGAAAGGUCAAGAGCAAAGACAAGGCAAAGACGGAACCGUGCAUGAGUAAAGAGCUGCUGCGCUCAAAGAGUUCCGAGAGCUCCGAGCCCCACGGCAGAGAGAAGCCCCUCAAGGACAGCGCCACUUCCAGGACCCUCUCAUUAGAUGGCAAGAGCCUCUCUGCAGUUAGCGGGAAGAUCAUAGCUGGUAUGGAGAACAGCCUAAGCAGGUCGCCCAGGCCUGAGAGCGAGCGAUCAGGCCUCAUGUCCAGAUCUGUGUCCAUGGUCUCGGUUGCCAGCUCUGAAGACUCCUGUCAGGCUACCACGCUAACACCAAGACCGGUAGAGUAUGAUUCGGAUCUCACCCUUGAAGCCUCCGACUCCCAGCCGCCUUUCCUACAGUCUUCCCUCGUCUUGCAGGCCACCCGAUCACCUGUCGUCCAAGACAAAGACAUCAGUCUUCCUGACGCGACUCAAUGUCACCGAACUCCGCUGCCCAGCAGACACACAUCCCCGUACCUUAGGGCUAUUCUUGACGAGGAUGCCAACUCUGCAUCAGUGGAGGGUAAACCGUUUGAAAGUCUGCCAAAGGCCAUUGUACCUGGUCACACAAAUGAGGAGCCUCACACUUCAGAAAUCUCUGCCGACACAGAGGAGAGUCAUAGUGGUCACAAUUUGACACCCCCUAAUAUACUAAGUGCAAAAUCAGAUGUCGAUGCCAACUCUGAAAGUGAAGUAAACAUUCCAGGUGUUCUUCCCCCGCAGGCGUCCGCCUUCAGAGACGUGAAGGAGCCGCUACUUCCUCUGAUCAGCUUCUCACAGUCUGACGUUCCACAGCCAGUUGUAGAACACAAAGGGUCUCCUCCAACUGACCACCUUCAAGUGCAGGUGGUCAAGUGUGUCCCUACAGACGGCUCUGUUGAUGGAGAGUGCUCUCUAAAGGACCCGCCCUCUGUGGACGUGCCCCUGGUAUCAGCAGCAUCUCUAUCUUCCCAGACUCCACCGUCGUCUAACACUAAAACAUCUGCACAGUUGUCUAGGCAACAGAAUGAAGCCACUCUUAAUGCCAGUGUUGAGAUGUUUCUGCCAGCCGAAGCUGAUGUAGACCUUCCUGGUCUUGACCAGAAAGACGACACUCCUCCCGAGGGUGGAACCAACAGUGCUGACAGCAGAGAAGUACAAGAGCUCAUGGAGAGUGUACCAGCUGGCUGCAGAACCGAGAGGAUGAGCAGUCCGCUGCCUUCCACGAGCACCCAGAUGCAAGGUGCUAGAUCUGAGGAAUCCUCUCCCAGCAAAACCACUGUUGAGCCGACACAUGCUCAAGAGGACAUGGAAAUGGACAGCCAUGAUUGUAAGACAUCAAGAGACUCCAGUGAUGUGGCAGGGCCUUGCAGCAAUCCCCAGGUCGAUAACGGUGAACAUGUCCGUCCUCCAUCUUCCUGUUUGUCUAGUUGUGUUAGCCCUGAACACAAGACCGAGGAAAUGACCGACUCGGAUGCGCAGUCUAUGGAGAGCAGGAGCAGAAACGCUGAGGUAACGACAUCCGAGAAGGAGAACUCUUCAGAAGAAGGCCUCUUCAUCCCCGAGAGUGGCCCCGAAAGAGCCGAGCCGCCGUGUCCAGAGCCAAUGGAGGUGUCCGCUGCAGAAGAGCGGCCAGAACCCUCAGGUGGAGGAGAGCAGAGUCAGAGCGGCGGGCAGCAUGCGGCUCACACUGACCUGAGCGGCAGCAGUGCCUCCGGGAGCUCCUCUCCCCAGUCUGGAGACCGAGACUCGGAUUCCUCCGGAGCCAAAGCCAAAGUACGCUCGCUGGAUGAAGAGAUGGACAUGCAGGUGACCCAUCCCCGCAAGAGGAAGAUGCCCAGAAUGUCGCUGUCGUCCUCCUCCUCCUCCUCCCAGGCCUGCCCCACCACACAACAGGGGAAGGACAAGUCACAGCAGUCUCUGGCAGCUAUAGUGGACUCUGUGAAGUUGGAGGAGAUCCAGCCAUACCAGACAGAGAGGGCCAACCCCUACUAUGAUUUCCUUCACAUUCGCAAGAAGAUCGAAGAGAAGCGUAAAGUACUGUGCAGCGUCAUCCCCCAGCCCCCGCAGUAUUACGAUGAAUAUGUGACUUUCAAUGGGUCCUACCUCCUAGAUGGAAACCCACUCAGCAAGCUCUGUAUUCCUACAAUAACCCCGCCUCCUUCUUUACCUGACCAAUUGAAAGAGAUGUUCAAACAACAAGAGGUUGUCCGCAUGAAGCUGCGCUUGCAACACAGCAUUGAGAGGGAAAAAUUGAUUGUUUCUAAUGAGCAAGAGGUGUUACGAGUCCAUUACCGGGCAGCAAGAACACUAGCCAAUCAGACGCUUCCUUUCAGUGCCUGCACAGUCCUUCUGGAUGCUGAAGUGUAUAAUAUGCCUCAGGAUGUCCAGGCAAACGAUGGCAAAACCUCAGUAAGAGAUCGGUUCAAUGCAAGGCAGUUCAUGUCCUGGUUGCAAGAUGUGGACGACAAAUUUGAUAAACUAAAGACUUGUCUUUUGAUGAGGCAGCAGCAUGAGGCUGCAGCUCUUAACGCAGUGCAGCGUCUGGAGUGGCAACUCAAACUGCAGGAGCUGGACCCUGCCACUUACAAGUCCACCAGCAUCUUUGAGAUCUCAGAGUUCCAUAUCCCCCUUGUGGAGGUCAACGACGACUUUGACCUCACACCAAUAUGAUCCAUUGGCCAGAGGAUGAUCACCUGUCAUUCAUCACUGACCAGCAAGGGGACGCUCAUAUGUUCAAGAAAGAAAAA